CCUCCACCCCACCCUCCAAUUCCCCGCUUUCCACGACACUUCACAUGGGUGCAAAGUGCAAACAGCCCGCCUCGUCACUUCGUCAGCCCAAAGCUCCGUCCAUGGCGACAUGCCGCCACUGACUCCACCUGAGUUCAAGUUCCCGCAGCUAGCUAGAGUCCGAUGGGGGACCUGCAAAUCGUGCUGGCAGGGGCCAAGAUUGAGGCGCAGUACGUGGAGAUGAAGGUGCCCCUCUACUCCUACGGCUGCGAGAAGAAGAUCAAGAAGGCGCUGUCCAACCUGAAAGGAAUACACUCUGUUCAGGUGGAUUACCACCAGCAGAAGGUGACGGUGUGGGGGAUAUGCAACCGGGAGGACGUGCUGGCCGCCGUCCGGAGGAAGCGGCGAGCGGCGCAGUUCUGGGGCGCGGACCAGCCGGGUCUCGGCGACGACGCCGACAAGUUCGGGGACGCGCCUAAGCACUACCUGCGAGCGUUCACCGCGUACAGGUGUAGGAAGUCGUGGAAGAAGCUCUUCCCCAUGAUCCGGCUGUAAGGCCGCGAGCUCAAUCGAAUGUUUUUUGCCGAUGACUCUGCCACGGCGGCGCUCGUGUGUGUGUUGCAGGAAUGGCUCCGUAAGUUGUUGCUAGCAGCAUUUUGUACAGCAGAAGCAUGUUCCAGAUCGAAUAAAUGUGCUCUGUUCUUGUCUC